GAUGGCUCAGUGCCUUUCAGUGCCGCGACUGAGACGAACCUUCUCCUCUCUUUCGUCCUCCAGCAGCACCCGACCGACGACCCGACGCUGAAUCAGCUGCGAAAAACCCCAAAGGGACUUACGCAAGCAUGCACCGUCUGGUGGUCGCGUUUUCGGCGACGACCCUGCUCGUCCUCAUCAUUUCUCCUUUGCUGGUUGCCGGCGUGAAGAAAGACUCAAACUGUCCACGGAUAUGUCCACCCGGCGGCGACCCGGUGUGCGGCUCGGACGACAUCAUCUACCCGAGCGACUGCGAGAUGAGAAAGAAGACCUGCAAUAAAGGAGUGCGUGUUUCUCGGCAGUCAGAGCAAAUGUGCCAAAGAUCGCAGGGCUCCAACUGCACGCACCGGUGCAACAAGGAUUCUGACCCUGUUUGCGGCACGGACGGAAAAACCUAUCUGAACAAGUGCUUCAUGAAGAUGGAAAAUUGCAAAACUGGUGCCGAGUUGUCGCACUUGGGUCCGUGCAGCAACAUCACAGCCCACAGAGAAAACUGUCCGGUGGACUGCGACUCGGCGCCUAACGACGGCCCCAUCUGCGGCUCAGACGGCAACGUGUACCCGAACACCUGCACCAUGAAGCUGCUGACCUGCAGACAAGGUGUGGUGCGCACGGACAAGAAGCACUGCAAGACCACGAGGCACUGCAAGGAGGCCUGUUGGCGCGUGUCCAAGCCCGUGUGCGGCUCCGACGGCGUCAUCUACCCCAACUCGUGCAAGAUGCGCUCCAAGAACUGCGGAAAGCACAUUUUCGAGAUCCCAAUGAGGUACUGCAAGAGUCUGACGCAGGAAAGGAACGCACUGGCCGCGGUGGUCGACUGCCCCAACAACUGUGAUGGAGAGGCUGUUGAGAGGGUCUGCGGCUCCGACGGCAAUGUUUAUGAUAACGAGUGCGAGAUGAAAUUCCUCACUUGCGGUUUGCAGUCAAAGAGGAAAGUUACCAAGGUCGAUUUUGAAAAGUGCCGAAAGAAGUUCACCAAUUGCAACCUGCUGCAGUGCAACAAUGAGGAAGAUUUUGUUUGCGGCAGUGAUGCCAAAAACUACCGCAACCCUUGCCACCUCCAGAUUGCUACCUGCCUGAAGGGAAUCCAGAUGGCCCACUUGGGCAAUUGCACGUCUCUAACACAAGAGGAUGACUGCCCUGUCUCCUGUGACCACGAAGACUCAAAAAUGGCCUGCGGAUCGGAUGGAAAUGUCUAUAGGUCGCGCUGUGAGAUGAAGCUGCACACGUGCGGCCAGCGAGUUGUGGCCGUCCCUGAGCACCACUGCAAGACCACCAGUCACUGCAACCAGGACUGCGGGGACCAGAGAGAGUUUGUUUGCGGAUCAGACAACAAGUUCUAUAGAAGCGAGUGCGAAAUGCGCAAGAAAAACUGCGGAAAACACGUUUAUGUUGUGCCAAUCAAGAGGUGCUUGGCCGGUUUCCAGUUCAUGGGCUGUCAGAAGAUUUGCCCCACGCUUUAUGACCCUGUGUGCGGCACAGACAACAAGACUUACUCCAACGAGUGCUUCCUGGAUAUUGAAAACUGCCGCUCGAGAUCGCUCGUGUCCAAGCAGCACGUUGGAAAGUGUGGACAGCCUGAAAAGAGCGCGGUCAAAAACUUCUACAGACCAUGAGCGAGAUGAAAAUAUUAUUUAUUUGACUCGGACGACAGCAUUUUAAACAAUGUUAUUUAGUAGAAUUUCUGACAUUAAACUCGAGACAAAAACAUGACGCGGUCGAUCAUUGCCAUGCGAGAUGAACACGAAACAGAAGUAAUUUAUUUUUAACAAUGUGUAUUUAUAUAAAAUGUAUGAUUUAGUUGAUAAGAAACACAAACUGUGACAGAAGAGAGAAAUUUAUUAGUAUUUCUUAAAAGUUUCAAUAAACAAAUUUUUAA